AUAUUGGAGUUAUGAAUGCAACGAGCACAAGUGUAAGCGUAUUGAAUUGGCAAGUGGGAAAAAUCCUACGAGUUUAGCGGCUUGUCAAAUUUUCUGUGGCUUGGAUCCGGGAACAUUGUGGCCGCGCGUCAAUGGAAAAAUAUCAAUAAAAAAGCCGAUGGUUCGAUUUAAUCCUGAAGCCAUUCAAUUCAGUUUUCACAAUGCAGCCAAGCCAGAUGAUUGUUUUUGGCAUACUAAUAAACAACGUUUCCAUGAGCAAAUAUCUAAAAAAGUACCGCCUUCUUUGAGUCUAACUAAUGAUGGCAGUCGAUUGAUGAUCAUAAUCGAUGUCGGAAAUGAGAGCAACAAAUUGGGCCUGAACACAAAUGAACACUAUAAAAUACGCAGUCGUAAAGAUCAAAACGAUGGAAUUGUAGUUAAUAUCACAUCGGAAACCAUUUUUGGUGCUCGUCAUGCACUUGAAACCAUUUCUCAGUUAAUUAUCUUCGACAAUGUCCAGAGAGAAUUGCAAAUUGUUGGCGAUUUUGACAUUGAUGACCGGCCGGCAUUUCCACAUCGCGGCUUUAUGUUGGACACCGUUCGAAAUUAUUUCAAUAUUGAUGCGAUUAAGCGAACGAUCGAUGGCAUGGCAAUGGUUAAGAUGAAUGUAUUUCAUUGGCACAUUAGUGACUCACAGAGCUUUCCGUUAGUGUUGGAUUCGCAUCCGGAUUUAUCAGAAAUUGGCGCCUAUUCAACCGAAAAAGUUUACACUAUUCAGAAUAUACGAGAUGUCUAUGAAUAUGCUUAUGCCCGUGGCGUACUUUUGCUACCGGAAUUCGAUGCACCUGCUCACGUAGGUGAAGGAUGGCAAAAGAAGAACGUAACCACCUGUUUCAAUAUGCAACCAUGGCAGGCCUAUUGUACCGAACCACCUUGUGGUCAACUCGAUCCAACGAAAGAUCAAUUGUAUGAUAUUCUUGAAGACAUCUACAGUGAAAUGUAUGAAGCGUUUGGACGACCAGAUCGUUUCCACAUGGGAGGCGAUGAAGUGCACGAAGAAUGUUGGAAUUCGAGCAAAGAAAUCCAGAAUUUUAUGCUGAAUUUGGGAUUAGAGCUUGAUAGUAAUGGUUUUAUGGAUCUUUGGGGUUAUUUUCAAGCAAAGGCUGUGGCACGAAUGGACAAAGUCACCGAGCCAAAUGUACCAAUCAUCAUGUGGACAAGCAGUUUGACAGACAAGGCACAUGUAGGAAAAUAUCUCGACAAGCAAAAGUAUAUCAUUCAGGUUUGGACGAAAAAAAACGACAACCAGGUAAAAGACUUGCUGGAAAUGGGCUACAAAUUGAUUUUAUCGAAUGUUGAUAGUGUCUAUUUCGAUUGUGGUUUUGGUGAUUGGAUGCGAGGCGGCAAUGGUUGGUGUGGCCCGUUCAAAACCUGGGACAAAGUCUAUGAAAACAAUUUUACUUACUUUGACGAACGAUACAGAUCUCAGUUUUUGGGAGGUGAAGCCGCACUUUGGUCGGAGCAAAUCGAUCAUUUGACACUUGACGAUCGAACUUGGCCUCGGCUAAGUGCUUUGGCUGAACGCCUGUGGACAGAUCCAUCGACCAGUUGGCGGCAAGCCGAGUCUCGAAUGCUCAUUCACCGUGAACGUUUAGUUGAAAAUGGAAUUGCAGCUGAAAAUGUAGCACCGUAUUGGUGUGUUCAACACCAAGGCGAAUGUGCCCCAAAUGAAAAGAAUGCAUCAAGCACAGGUGAUGUUUUGUUAAACACACAAAGCAAAACAGUUAACACAGCAGUUAGUUUGAUUGUAUUUCUCAUUAUACUGAACAUUGUCCUAUGAAUUAAAGCUCACAAGAAAAGAAGAGUGAAUUUUAACUUUAUUCAACCAAUAAAAAGAAACAAUAAGCUUUCGAUUUUGAAAUAAUUUUUCUUUCAUUCCACUCCAUUUUUCUUUCAUUCCUGAUCGAAAUAAAGGGAUUGAAACCAAAUG